GACUCUUGUGGCUUCACCAUCCUCCCACAACACAACACUACACUACUCUGUACCUGUGUUAGACACAACACAAUGGGGCUGUAAUGUCAGCGACGGGCGAGAUCAGAGCAUCAUCUGAAGAGUACUGAGCCUGUGUAUGGAUUUAAUGAUGAUGAAGAAGAAGAAAUUCAAGUUCAAGGUGGAUUUUGAGCUGGACGAGCUCUCGUCGGUCCCCUUUGUCAACGGUGUCCUCUUCUGUAAAGUCAGACUGCUGGAUGGCGGGUUCUCCGAGGAGUCCUCUCGGGAGCCAGUGCAGGCCAACUGUGUCCGAUGGAGGAAGCGCUUCUCUUUCCCCUGCAAGAUGAGUGCCAAUGCAGGGACAGGUGUACUGGACCCCUGUGUGUGUCGUGUCUCUGUCAGAAAGGAGCUGAAGGGCGGGAAGGCAUAUGCAAAGCUCGGUUUUGCGGAUCUGAAUUUAGCAGAGUUUGCCGGCUCAGGGAAUACAACCCGCAGAUGUCUGCUGGAAGGCUACGAUACCAAAAACACUCGACAGGAUAACUCCAUUCUCAAGGUCAUCAUCAGUACACAGCUUAUGUCCGGAGAUCCCUGCUUUAAAACGCCUCCCUCCACAGCCACAGUGAUCGGGAUCCAGAGUGACGGAGAGAGCCUGCUGGAGGAGAGGAGGGGAGGAGACUCACAGAAAGGCUGCUCUGCAGAGAGUCGAGAGGGGAAGUGUCCAGUUGUUUCUGAUGACCUGGGGGGCUGUGGUCACUCCCGGACAUCCAGCUACGCCAGCCAACAGUCCAAACUUUCAGGCUACAGCACGGGUCACUCCCGCUCCUCCAGCAUGUCAGAGUUCAGCCACCGGAGAAACCACUCAGUGGGCAGUGCCUCAACAGGCAUCGGCAGCAUCCCAGAACCCAGCGAGGACCGAGACAGAGAGACCAGACCCUGUCCUGCGCUGCCUGAACACCCAGUCCCCCCCACCACCACUAGCAACCCACAAGGCACACCAGUACGGAGCGCCUCAUCCUGUGAACGACUCAACAGACACCCAGUGAAACAAGACUCCAUGGAGUCUCAGCUAAAGAGAAUGGACGACACGCGGGUGGAUGCUGACGACGUUGUGGAAAAAAUUCUUCAGAGUCAAGACUUCACACCGAGCCUACUGGACUCCAGUGCUGAAGAGGAAGGCUUACGUCUGUUUGUUGGACCUGGGGGAAGCACAGCUCUUGGAAGCCAUCACCUUCCCACUAGGGUUGGUGCUGGAGCAUAUGAGCAGGUGGUGAUAAAGCGUUAAACCUGCAGCCUCUUAGUGAUGGACUGACACUGCUUACAUCCAAAAACUGGAGUCAAGGUUGUGUCCCAUUUCAGUCUAUUCCUACAGCUUGUUACCUGAUCGGCACUGUGUCUGACCUGAUCACUCAGUGAACGGUCGACGUUACAACAGUGCCCUCCUGUGUCUAUAUCUGCUACAUGACACGGUAGCUUCCUGAUAAGAUUUUUUUAAACAGGCAGAAGUGGACAGUUGUCAUCUCAAUGUAAACACACACACAGCUGUGAAUUAACGAAAAUGAAACAUUGUCCAGAUUGUUCAAAAACAUUUAACAUGUCUGUGACUGAAACUGUCCACUCCUCACUUUCUGGAUGUAGAUUAGCCUUAAUCUUUCUGAGGUCAAUUUUAAUCACCCAGCAUCCAAAACCAAUUAAUUAUAAACUCUUAGAAACUGGAAAAACAAAAGAUUAAUGUUUGAUCUCCAUUGGAGGAUGUGCUCUGUGUACAUCAUCUACACUGAAGGGGAGUAUGCCAUGCAUUUUCGAUACAUUCCUUUUGUCUCUGUUUGUUUUAGACUUCCUUCUCAAAUAGGACACUCUGUUUAAUAUUUGCCUGUAAGCUGCAGUUGUUGGCACUCUAACAACAGUUGGUGAGAAUAUUUUACUACAAAGAGGAGAAGUUAAGACUUGAGCUAUUCGAUGUGUGAACGAGGACUGUGUGUGUGUGUGUGUGUGUGUGUGUGUGUGUGUGUGUGUGUGUGUGUGUGUGUGUGAUAGCAUAGUGUGUGAUAACGCUACUUUUAUUAGUAGUAACAGUUAUCCUGCUAUUUUGGACAGGUGGAAGGAUAUUAUGAUCUCCUGUAAGAAAUGCUGUGUUGGCAUUUUCAAAAAGAAAAUGGGAGAAUACAACACUUUACUUGUUUGUAAUCACAGAGGUCCCUGUUCUUAUCUGCUGAGGAUUGUUUUAGAAAAUCCUACAGUACUGAUUUGCUCUACAGAGGCAAAACGCAGUAACAGCGUAUUAAAAUCUGAUCUUUUGAAAUGUGCUUUUCCAUAUACUCAAAUUUAAUACUGUAGAAAUGUCGAAUCUGUUAGAACUUGAAAAUGUGCUUUUAAAAGUUACUUCAAAUUGGGGUUUAGAACCAAGACAACACACAUAGUAAUUUGGUUUGCAGUGUACUUGAAGCUAAAGCAAUACAGCUAUAUAUAUAUAUGAGAGCUAGCCUGGCCUUAUCUAAAGCUAAAACUAAAUCCACUUUCCCCCUGUUAUCUGUAAAUGAGAUGUACCAAUUUUGAUUAACUAAUAUCUUGGUUUAUUAUUCCAUGUAAGUAAAUGAGGCAGAAAUAAUGAACAAAACAGCUACCUCCUGCUAAGGAUAACUAGCUUAGCAGACCUUUGCUGUUGACUCAAGUCAAAGUCAUAUGAUUUGGUGUGGUUAAGCUACCAUUAAUCACAUAUUUGAAUGUAUUAAAUAGAAAAUUAAAUCAUUAAAUUACUUCAUUUUACAGAUACAGAACAUUUAUCAUAAGCUAUAGACUAUAAAUAAUCAAAGUUUAUUUUCUUGAAUUAACUAGUUUAAAAGAGGAAGAAAGCGAAAACAACAAAUUUUGUUGGUACAUUCCCUAAAAAUACAAAUGAAAAAAAAAAAAUGCCAAUCAUUUAUGGGGGUGAAAUAAUAAUAAGGCUAAGCAGUUUAAAGUUACAGUAUUACAACCUUCUUAUGUUGCGCAGAUUGCAGGUCAACCUGAAAACUUUCAACCUGUUUUUUUUGUGUGUGAUUUCACUGUUUCUGUAAGUUACUGCUCUCUGCCUCUGUAAAUGCUGAAUAGAAAAGGGGCUCCUAUGAUAAAUAUGCUAUAAAGGGCAUAUAUCUAAUUCCUAGUGUUUCAGAUGCGUAUCUAUUGUAUACCUACGCUUUGCAUCGCUUUUAAACUACAUCUCUCCUUGAGCUCCCCCGUUGACCGGGAGGCUUACAUCAGUGAACAAAUCAAAGAUCCUGUGACGCGUCAGCAAUUUAAUUAAUGUACAACUGAUGUAUACGAUAGUAAACAAUGAAGGACUAGUUUAAGUAAUCCACUGCCAUGAAGAAAAUACAAAACAGCGCCUGUAUUUUAAAAGACAGAGAGUAAUACAGUAAUUUUGUGUGCAUAUAUCUUCCAGCAUCAUAUCAACUGUUGGCUCAAGCAAUCAGAUACACUGACGAUUAGUGGUACAGAAAGAACUCUAAUCUAACAGCAAUUUAAAUUUGCUGAGGAUUUUGAAUUCCUGAUAGUGUCAUGCAUGUAGGCGUUUUGUGUUUCUAGCCUAAUAGGGGAUUUAAGUGCGCAGUUUGUUAGACUGAGAGCAAAUUAGCCAAAGUACACAACACAUUGAUAUUACCUGGGACCCUGUCAGGCCUAUGCAUUAACUGUAAGGACAAUAUUAGACACAUGAUAACUAAUGAACAGACUGUACAGCAUCUGUAAUCUUCGAUCUCCUGUCAUAACCCAGAGCAGAGGUGGGAUAACUUCCUCUUCUAGAUUAACUAUAUACACGUUAUAUCAAUAUCUGCACAAGCCUCAUCAGUGUAUGGUGUUUUAACUAUACGUCAGUGUUCUGUUUUUACGUUCGUGUGUUCUGCAUGAUUAAGGUGUGCUUUCGUUAGCGUGCAGAACUUGACACAUCAUCUUUUUCCCUAAUUUAAUACUGUGCCAUCUUUUAAUCUCAAUAUUUCCACUCUGAGGGAAAACCUUUGCUUGCCUAUGUAGCAUGUAGGAAAUCGUUUUGUUCUCAUUACGUAUUGUUAAAAGCAGGUAUCUGCACAAAUGUCAGUGUUUAACUGUACAUCAGUGUUCUCAUUUUGUGUGUUUUUUAUGUUCAGCAUGGUUUAAAAGUCCUGUGUUAAAAAUCACAUCUAGAGGAUACUGUCGUCUUUGUUUUGAAUCUUUCAUUGCUGAUAUUGUGCCAUAUUUUUGCUAAAUAUUUUAUUGUUUAGGGGGAAAAAGCAUUCGCACUACAUCAAUAAGACAGUGUUAAGUAUAUGAUUUAUGGCUACCAAAUAUCAACUAUUGAAGGGUUUUGUUUUUUUUUUCUUUUUGGAUAAAAAUCACUUGUCUUACCUGGGUAUACCACAGGUAUGUUCAUCUUGGUACCUAACAUGUUGUUACAAACAUGGUUGCUUCUUCUCUUCUGUGAAGCUGUUGUCUAUAUCUAACUGUAAAAUGUAUUCUCCUGUAAAGUGAUGUUCUGCGCUGUUCUGACACUGUCCAGUGUUUCUUGUUAAAAACUUGUUCUUCUGACCAACAUUUGCUUCCUUAACAAGUGUACUGGAUGCUUCAGAUGUGUACCUUGCACUGAAUAAAACUGUUUAAAAUCCUCA